AUGAUUCAUCAACUUUCGCCUCCGCCGUCGCUCCCGUUACAGUCGCCCACUCCUGACCUACCAUCUGCUAGUGCACCUCCAUCCAGCGCAGAAUUGUCUGGUGUUGUGCCUGUGUCUCAGGCUUCCGAGGAAGGAAGCGAGGAACCCGACGACAGCAACGACGAAGAUUGGAGCGACGCGGAUGAUGCUUCCGUUGAAGAUGAAGUGCUGACAGGAGAGAGUGAAGAAGAAACGGACAAACCCGAGGACAUUAGUAUCAAUUUGAUCGACGAUGACGUCCGUCAACACGUGACGGAUCUCAUACGCGACGAUGCGUGUGAGCGGCACUGUCUCGAAGGCAAGGCUGGUGAACUGGAGCAUCUAGUGCGCCCGCUGGAGCAAAUGUCGAGGACGGAGAAGACGACUUGUAUUCUGACACUGAUUGGCGUGCUGAUGCAGACAGAUACGGCGGGGAGGCGUCGCGGUACCGGCGAACGAGAAAAGUUUCACUACUACCUACCAUUUGUUGACCAUGUCUGUCGCCCUUCAUUUGCAAGGUGCCUGGGGGUGCAGCCCCUCACCGUGCAGCGAUACAAGCGGCGUGUUCGCGAUGGAUUCAUCGCUGCAGCUGCGCAUGGCAAUAAGGCAAACAAAAACGCUUUAAAGGUGAACUUAGUGUGGCUGGUCAAGUGGUUCAAAGCUCUUGCCGCAGAGAAGUACUACAGUCGCGAAGACUACACGCUCUUGCCUGCUACUUUUACCUGGGAUGCUCUUUACGAAGAGAUGCACAAGUUUGUGGAGCUAGGUCUUCGGGUGUAUGAACCAGCACGCUCGACGUCUCGCAAGUUACUCUCGAUCCACUGUCCGACCAUCCGGAUCCGUUCCUCCCAGUCCAAUGUGUGCGAUAUGUGCACAAUUUACCAGACCCGCAUGCGUCAGGGGGCUACCGCUGACAAAACGGAAGAGCUUGAUCAACACACGCAGUCACCACGUCGAAUACGUGAAUACAAGAAAGAUAAAGCAGCCUCGCAGGAACCCAACUCUGAUCUGGCGGUGAUAGUCACUGACUUUUCACAGAACCUCACAAUUCCCUCGGUCACGACAACGCCCUCGCAGUGGUAUUUCUGCUCUCUGCUAGCAGUGAACCUCUUUGGUAUUUUCUACGAGAACGACGGAACCCAGACAAACUACGUGUAUGAUGAGUUCGCGAGUGGUAAAGGAAGCGACCAGAUAAACUCUAUGCUUCAGCACUUUAUCCGCACUGUCUUGAUCCCUGCAGGCAAGAAGCAUCUUGUGGUUUACGCCGACAAUUGUUCUGGACAGAACAAAAACAACCACGUCAUCCGGUUCUUUCUGGCCCAGGUCCAAUAUGGGGCGUUUGAGAGAGUCGACUAUAAGUUUUUUGUGAAGGGCCACACAAAAAAACUCGUGCGACCGAGGUUUCGGGCAUAUUCGCAAGCACAUAAGCCGCGCAGACUGCUGGACCAUGGACCACAUUAUCAGCGCAUCGAAGAACUCUACAAGAAGCUGGUGGGUGUACAACAGUACCAGGUGUUCACCAUGACACAAGAGAAACCGGGUGUCGUGCAGUGCAAGAAGGGGCCUGAUGAUGAGUCCAUCGAUAAGGACCUUCGCCGCAAAGUGGAUGGCGUCCUCACGGAUGUGGUCAAGGCCAUCCGUAUGCUCGACCAUUUCCUUGACGACCUGCCACCUCUAGCUGAAAAGGCCGAAAAAAUAGCAGAACUGCAUAAAAAUAUCCGGCCAUACGUUCCGGAUGAGUUCCAAGCGAAUUCGAUAUACGCCGCCCCUAGCAAAGAACAAGGUGAAGAUGCUAAAGCAGCACAACAGGCUCGACGAGAGCACCGAGCAGCCAUGGCCGUCGCGGCAAAAGCCAACCAAGUCCGAUGUGGAAGAGAUGGCGAAGAUGAAGGCCAUCCAGUGCCGAAAAAGUCUCGCAAGUGA